AUGGGGGUGCUGGCCAGUGCUGGUUUGUUGCUAUUGCUAGUCAUGGGCCUUCCCAGAAGCCUAGGACUGAAGUGUGGAAUUCGCGUGGUCAACAUGAAAAAUAAGGAACCUGUUGUGGGAUCUGGGUUCUUCUCUAGAAUUAGUAGUUGGAGAAAUUCAACAGUGGCUGGACAUCCUUGGCAGGUCUCCCUAAAAUUAAAUGAGCACCACUUCUGUGGAGGAAGCUUGAUUCAAGAAGAUCGAGUUGUUACAGCAGCACACUGCCUGGACAGCCUCAGUGAGAAGCAACUGAAGAAUAUAACUGUGACAUCUGGGGAGUACAGCCUCUUUCAGAAGGAUAAGCAAGAACAGAAUACUCCUGUCUCAAAAAUUAUUAUCCAUCCUGAAUACAACAGCCAUGAAUAUGUGAGUCCUGAUAUUGCACUGCUGUAUCUAAAACACAAAGUCAAGUUUGGAACUGCUGUUCAGCCAAUCUGUCUUCCCCACAGUGAUGAUAAAGUUGAACCAGGGAUUCUUUGCUUGACCAGUGGAUGGAGCAAGAUUUCCAAGACAUCAGAAUAUUCAAAUGUCCUACAAGAAAUGGAACUUCCCAUCAUGGAUGACAAAAUGUGUAAUACUGUGCUCAAGAGCAUGAAUCUCCCUCCCCUGGGAAGGACGAUGCUGUGUGCCAGGUUCCCUGGUGGGGGAGUGGAUGCCUGCCAGGGGGACUCUGGAGGACCACUGGUUUGUAGAAGACGUGGUGGAAUCUGGAUUCUUGCUGGGAUAACUUCCUGGAUAGCUGGUUCUGCGGGAGGUUCAGCUCCUCUAAGAAACAGCUAUAUGAAGGCAUCACUUGGCAUUUUCUCCAAAGUGUCUGAAUUGAUGGAUUUUAUCACUCAGGACCUGCUCACAAGUUUGAAUCGGGGCCAACCCCACUCAAAAGUGAGCCUAAGAUACAUAACAAAGGCCCUGAGUUCUGUUCAAGAAGUGAACAGAAGCCGGAGAGGAGAGGAUUGUAAACCUCAAGGGACAGUGUUAUUUGGAGAAAGUAGGAAGAUUCGUUACCCCCAUUCCAAAGGAGACAACUAUUCUCAUAAUUGCUUAUAUAUUUGGAAAAUAAUGAUGCCAGAAGACAAAAUUAUCCUGCUAAAAUUUGCAAGUUUAGACACGGAAAAGCAAGUUGGAUGUGAUCAUGACUAUGUAUCUUUACAAUCAAGCAAUGGAGUGCUUAUUAGUAAGGUCUAUGGAAAUAUAGUGCCCUCACCAUUGCUGACAGAGACCAAUAAGGCCGUGGUUACAUUUGUUUCUGACACAGAAGACAGUGGCAAUGGCUUUGAGCUUACUUUUACUGCUGUACAGAACUCAGGCGCAGGGUCAGGUUGUGAGAGUGUGGUUAUAUUGGUAGAAGUGACAAUUCAUUCUGCCAAGUAUCCUGAUUUGUAUUCCAGUAAUGUAAGGUGUCAUUGGUUCAUUUAUGCUCCAGAGAAAUACAUUGUAAAGUUGGUAUUUGAGAACUUUACUGUUGAAUUUAGUCAAAACUGUAUUUAUGAUGCUGUUGUGAUUUCUGCUGAUUCUGAAGAAGAGCACAGGUUAGCUAACCUUUGUGGAAUCUUGACCAUCACUUCAAUAUUCAGUUCUAGUAACAUGAUGGUGACACAUUUUAUUUUAUUUUUCCCAUUUAUUUAUUUUAUUUCUUCAAACAAAACUGAACCAAUGCCACCUCCCCAAACUAAUCCUAUAUCUACUGCAAAAGCUAUUCUGCAUGAUGUCUGUGGCAUCCCUCCAUUUAGUUCCCAGUGGCUUUCCAGAAGAAUAGCAGGAGGGGAAGAAGCCUGCCCCCACUGUUGGCCAUGGCAUGUGGGUCUGAGGUUUCUAGGUGAUUACCAAUGUGGAGGUGCCAUCAUCAAUCCAGUGUGGAUUCUGACUGCAGCCCACUGUGUGCAAUCGAGGAAUAAUCCAUUCUCCUGGACUAUUAUUGCUGGGGACCAUGACAGAACCCUGAAGGAAUCAACUGAGCAGGUGAGAAGGGCCAAACACAUAAUAGUGCAUGAAGACUUCAACGUACUAAGUUAUGACUCUGACAUUGCCCUAGUACAGCUAAGCUCUCCUCUAGAGUACAACUCGGCAGUGAGGCCAAUAUGUCUCCCAGACAGCACAGAGCCUCCGUUUUCCUCCAAGAUCUGUGCUGUCACCGGUUGGGGAAGCAUCAGCAGAGAUGGUGGCCUAGCAAGUCGCCUACAGCAGAUUCGAGUGCAUGUGUUAGAAAGCAAGCUCUGUGAAUACACUUACUAUUCUGCGCAUCCAGGAGGGAUCACAGAGAAUAUGAUCUGUGCUGGCUUUGCCACAUCUGGAGAGAAAGAUUUCUGUCAGGGAGACUCUGGUGGACCACUAGUAUGUAGACAUGAAAAUGGUCCCUUUGUCCUCUAUGGCAUUGUCAGCUGGGGAGCUGGCUGUGUCCAGCCAUGGAAACCGGGUAUAUUUGCCAGGGUGAUGGUCUUCUUGGACUGGAUCCAAUCCAAAAUCAAUGGUCCUGCUUCACUUCAGACAAAUAAGUGCAAAACCUUAAAACAACAAUUGCCACUGCCCACACCUUCGCCAGACAGUGUAUCUUGGCCAGGUUGUUGCUCUGAAGCAGACCUAGAAAAGCUCAGAGGAUUUUUUCCCAUUCCACAAUAUCCACUGAAUUACAGCGGAAGACUGGAAUGUUCUUGGGUGCUCCGAGUUUCACCAAGCAAUAUAGCAAAAUUUACCAUUGAGUAUCUGUCACUCCUGGGGUCUCCUGUGUGUCGAAACUCAGUUCUAAUUAUUUCUGAAGACCAACCCAGGAAGAGAAAGAUGGCAGGUGGAUUAUGUGGGAGACGACUUUACCCAAUGACUUUCACGAGUCCUGGACCGCUGGUGAGGGUGACAUUCCAUUCCCUUGCACAAGGUACAUUUGGCUUAAGCUGUAUUGUCUUCAAAGUCCUAGGUCCAAAAGACAGUAAAAUAACCAGACUUCCCCAAAUUUCAAACAGAGAGCAUUUGGUCCCUUGUGAGAAUGUUCUUCUGACUAAGCCAGCAGGGAUCAUGCAGAUCCUAAGAAAUUCUCACAGAACUACUAUGAGUUGCCAAUGGAGGUUAGUAGCACCUUUAAAUCACGUUAUUCAGCUUAAUAUUAUCAACUGCCCAAUGAAGCUAACAUCUUUGGUCUGUCAAGGAUAUCUGCAUGUUUACAAAGGAUUUGGACCAGGAAAAAAAUUACUAGGUUCAUUGACUGGAACUCUGGCAAUGAUACUGACAAAAGACAGAUUAAAAAUAGAAAAACUGGAUUUUACUAGCACGUGUAUUAUGCUUAUAUGGAAAAAC